AAGUCGGGAGGGAUAAAAUGAGCUCGUGCGGUCGUCUCAACCACCAAACCUGACUUGGACCUCGGUUUGAACACAUCUCUCUCUCUCUCUCUCGAGCUUAUAAGACUUCAACGUGCUCAACCAAUCUCACAAAAUCUCACUUGCCACUCACACACAUCUCAACAGUGAAAGUUUAAGUUGUCUCAACAUUACAAGUUUUUGUUUCCUCCAUCACAACUGAAAUUAUGGCUCCCUUAACUGAAAUUUCUCGUUCCUUUGGACAACAAUCUCCUGCGGAACCAAUUUCUCGGACGAUGCAAUAUCGCAAGAUAACGAAGCCACUGUUAGAGCGACAACGCCGCGCCAGGAUGAACCGCUGCCUGGAUGAGCUGAAAGAAAUUAUGGUGUCCAGUGAAAAUAUGACUGAUAAGUUUUCAAAGUCCAUCGAAAAGGCUGACGUUCUCGAGCUUUCCCUCAAAUACAUUCAAACGCUUCAACAACAACACAAUAAAUUGAUGAAGAUCCAACAAAGUGGGGAUGACGAAAGAUUUCGCCAAGGAUUCGCCCACUGCGCCCAGGAAGUGUCCAGAAUUCUUGCCACGACCCGUGGCGUCGAUAUCCAACUGGGUUCCUCCAUCAUGGUCCACCUGGGUCACGCACUUAACCAAAUCACAUCACCUUCUUCAUCUCCAGCCCCGUCGCCAAGACUUCCUCGACCUUCCUCCGUCUGCUCUUCGUCCUCUUCGUCCACUGGAGACUACAGACCUUACACGCCCCCUGCAUCCCCCACAGAGUCUCACUUUCCCCAACUGUCUCCCCUCCCACUCAACAUGUGCACCACAAUCUCGUCCAAUUCUUCAAACCCUUGGAGGCCUUGGUAAUCCAAUCUUUACUCAACUCAACCCGAUGAUCCUCCACAAUAGUUAUUUUUUUAAGUAUUAAUUGAAAAAUAUUUGUUUAUAUGUUUACGAUUAUUAGACUAGGUUGAUAGAUAUUAUUUACAUUUAGUUUACUGGAUAAUUUAAAGCCAGAAAAAACUCUCACGUCCCAUGUCUUUCACACAUGUUAAACUUUGUUUAAAGGAGCUGUUUGUUGUUUUGUUAAACGCUUUGGCUGUUAUUAUUUAAUAAUAUUAUUAUGUUCUCAUUGUUGACAAUCGAUCUCUUGUAGAGUUAUCUUGCCUUAAUUAUCUGUUAAGUGUUUGCCCAGUAGAGCUUAGAUAUAGUUAAAUAUGGCUUCUCGUAGCAAUUAAUCUGUUACGUAGGGAGUAGAGAAUAUGUCCAGACAAUCAUUAGACCAGGACAAGAUUAGAUGUUUUGUUUAUGUGUUUCAAUAUCGUGUAGCUCACAUCUUUUUGCUCCUGGUUGUUUGUAUAUUGUGAGUCAGUUUAGAAUUUUUAGUGGUUAGGAGUUGUAGGUUAGUAUUGUAGCAUGUUGUGAUAUUCCGAGCCUUUAUUUCACCAGGAGUUAGGCUAUGCGAUGACUGUGAUAUUUUUUUUAUAUUUAUUAUAUUCCAAUAAUUAGGAUAGCAAACUACGAGCUGAAAGACAUAAAGUGAAGAUGCUGAGUGCAUGAAAAUAAUAAAUACACUGAGUUUACUCAGUUGUUAAAACUAA